AAUUUCCACGUUGCUGCAGGCUGCAGUCUAGGUAGUAGAUGGAUAACAAAACACUCUCUCUUUUCUAUAACCUAACAUCUACCCACAUCCCACAAAAUCCAGAGAUUCUCGAUCGAUUCCUCAUGUACGUUACAAGCAGAGCGCUGAAUGACCGGCGCGAGUCAAAAUGUAUAGCUGUAACGCCAGAACGAAAAUAUUAUCGGGAUGGGCUCACAGUUGUGAAACGAAGCCUACGGACAAGCGAAUGACAAAUGAGUCCUGCGAGAGGUGUUAUUCACGUGCCUAGGCAAUGAUGUGAAAGGACACUGAAUGAAGCCGCAGCAAUGAGAUAUAUUGCAGACAAUACCAACAUCCCGAUCCCAGAACUGCACUGCGACUUCGAAGAUGACGGCGCUGUAUACCUCGUCAUGGAGUACAUUGAGGGGCAUACUAUGGAUCAACUCAGUGCUGAGCAACGUGAUGUUGUCCAGCAGGAGCUCGAUAGGCACACCGAAACUCUGCACCGGUUGAAGUCUCGGAUAGUUGGAGGACCAUCAGGUCUGAUAGUCCCGCCUUAUCGCGUCACUCUCAAGAGUCCCCGAGAAGAAUGGGAGCUGGAGGAAUCGAAAUUCGACGAAUACGUAUUUUGCCACAACGAUCUCUCGCAGCAAAAUGUGAUCGUUGAUACAGAGACUCUUCAAAUUCAGGCUAUAAUUGACUGGGUUUACGCUGGUUUCUACCCCGAAUUUUUCGAAUUCCCUUUUUUCAAGCGGCUUGGUCCUUCGGUAGCUCUAAACGACGAAGUUGACGACACUGAGAAUUUACUCAAAUUUCUUACAUCGCAUCUCAAAUGAAUGUUUCUGAGCACAAACAGAAACGUAGAGUGACAGAUAUUGCCUCAGCCCUACAAUAGCAACAGAAUGAAUGCUACUAGUGCCGAGUACUGAACGGACAAUCCAAAGCUUGUUUUGCUAGCACACUACAAGGACAGAUCAUCUGCAAAGUGCCCAAAAACUAGUACCCGCCGGUCCGUCCAGGGGAAAGACAGGUAUGGACAAGUUUGUAGCUAUACAUAACUCUUAUUGUAAUCUCC